AUGCCCAAGGUCAACAGUUAUGCGCCUGCCUGGCUGUGCCGGCCCUCGCCAGGCGCAAAGUUCCUGUCCAACAGUUCAGUCCCAAGUCCAGCACAGGACCUGCAAACUGGAUAUAAGACACCCACGAAAACCGGAGCUACGCGAACAAUUGCAAAGAGAGGAAAUGAGGUGUUCGCAGUGAUUGACAACGAGAUCCGGUGGUCCAACCUUUCCCGACUGAAAGAUCAAUGGCAACAACAAAUCAAGCAGAAUCAGGGAUCUGACGCUCAGGCUGAUGAUGCAGCCGAUAGUACCGAGAUUCCUCCAUACAGGGUUCUAGCAGUGCCUGUGUAUGGACUCAUCAAGCAAAUCAUUCCCUCUCCGAAUGGCGCCUUUCUCGCGAUUGUCACCGAAAACACAGUUCACAUCUCCGUUCUCCCCGAUUCAGCUCACCUUUCUUCUUCCGACUCCGAUUCAAUUCGACUCAAGACCUACCAGUUAGGACCGACGACCCAUGUCAUUCCAGAGGCACCGGUGGUUUCUGCUUUGUGGCAUCCAUUGGGCUUGCACAGUAACCUAGGUGGAUGUAUCGUCACUGUUACUGCUGAUGCAGCGGUGCGCGUGUGGGAGUUGGAUCGGAAUAAUCACUGGUCAUUCGACCAGCCAACUCUGGCAAUCGAUUUGAAGAAACUAGUCGACGGAGCCUAUUGUGAUCAGGACUUUGCCCCUUCUGGAUUUGGCAAAAACAAGGGUUUCUCCGCCGAUGUUAUCGAUAUGGAAGUCGCGUCGGCCUGUUUUGCCGGCAACGGGAACGAGAAAGAAGAUGCAUGGGCUCCUAUGACCCUGUGGGUGGCUAUGAGACCCGGUGAUCUCUAUGCGCUGUGUCCUCUCCUGCCCUCCAAGUGGCAGGCCCCCUCCACGACCAUUCCUUCGCUCUCUGCUGCAAUUGUUCCGAAACUCAGUGCUUUGGAACAGGACCCCGAGGAUUCAGACGAGGAACUCACUGCCUGUCGGCAACAAUACGAUUGGCUGUCUGAACUCGAUGAACAAGAGUCUUUCGAGGUACCAUCCAGCGCUAAAACUCUUCAAGGCGCAGAUGUGUUCACUCGCCCGGCAAACCCCAGCAGCAUCCCUAGGCUGCAAGGACCUUUCCGUUUCGAUACUGGCGAUGAGCUUGAUGAUUUAGAUCUCUGUGAUAUUCUCGUCAUUGCUGCUGGGCUGAACGUCGAAGAUCUUAUGAUGGGCGAGGAAGAAGAAUUAGCCGUGGAAGCCGCAGAUCAAGAGAAGCUCUCUGCCACAGUUGUGGCUCUUACCAGCGCAAAUGGCCGUGUCCAUAUAUGUCUGGAGCUCGAUGGCGUCGAGGGACAGUGGCUACCGAAGGCCAAAAAGAAUGCAUUCCGAACGCCUCUCUCGGAGCCCGCUGAUCUGGUCUUGGUGGAAUCUUUAGAUACUCUCAAGAACCCCGAGGAAUCAAGUACAUGGCCCACUUUCACGAGAGAUGCCCAUUCUCGAUACUCGUUCUUUGUUACGACUUCAAUGAACGUGGUAUUCCUAUCCUUAUCUGGGUGGGUUCAGCGACUAGAAGCUGAGCUGCAGGCCGAAGACACCGCAGGAUCUGCUUUCCGUCUUCAAGUUCUUUGCGAUGGAAACGUCACCAAGCGAGAAAGGAUCUUACAGGUAGCGGACACCGAUAUUAACACCCAAACAGAGCAUCUUGCCUCGUCUUUGGUCUUUUACGACUUUGACCUUGGCUACCUGCUACUCACCUACCAUCCGUCCAACCCCUACGCUGCCGUCAUGGACACACCAGAAGAUUCUCUCUCGGUAGCACUGGACAAAUCGAUUUAUGAGCCCAGGAGACCCACGCCAAGCUUACCUGUUUUGCCGCCAAGCCGUGCCCCAUACCAAGUUCCUGCCAUUUUCUACGCCAGUUCCCCCUUGGAUUCAUUUGUUGACAAGCACGUUCCACACCGCCAGCGCCACACACUCAAAGAGCAAGUGCGCCUGUCACCAGCAACAUUGGAUCUUGUGGCUACUGCCCACCGCAUUCUAUCCGCUCAUACAAAUGCCCUUGAGCGUGCUGCCUCGGAUCUCUUCCGCCGAUGUGAACGGCUGCAGGGCGAGAUGCAAGACCAACUGAAGCAACUUUCAGACGUUGCAGAGCGUGUGAAGGGAAUUACGAGUGAAAUUGGCGAAGACGGCUGUCACAAGGAGGGCGUCCGGACUGGAGAAGCCCUUGAUAAGAGACUCCAAGCUGCCAAAGACAAGCAAGGUGAACUGAACCGCCGGUAUGAGGCUUUGCGCAUGAAGGUCCUGAAUUCAGGCGGACGUCCAUUGAGUGAGAGGGAAAAGGCUUGGGUCAACGAAGUGAAGACAUUGUCCGAAUCCUUGCGGCCCAGUGGCGAUCAAGAAGACGACCAACAACUGAUUCCACGAAUCGAAACUGUCAAACGCCUCGCCCUGGAUCUCAUGGCCCAAACAAAGUCCAUAUCUACCAAGAUGCCUUCUCCAGAACCCGGGAGUCCGGUUUCAUCCGGCAGUCACCCUAAGGUACCGCAAAGACUGCAACGUGCCAUGGUUGCUGAUGCGAUGAGGAUGGUUGAACGAGAGUCCGCUGUUAUUGAUGCCAUUACCUCGCGCUUGGAACGACUGAACACAAGUUUGUGA